AUGAAGAUUUUUUCCCGCUACCAGACGUUCAGAUUCAUCUGGUUCCCCAAGCCAUCUGGCCAGCACUUUCACAAGGAUCACCAACUUCGGGCACCUCUGACUCUUGUUGACUUUGAAGCCAUAAAUCGCUGUGAGAGGCCGUUGCCUAAGAACUUUAACUUUGCUGGGGAUGUGCUGGACCAGUGGUCCCAAAAAGAGAAGACAGGAGAGAGACCAGCCAACCCAGCCCUGUGGUGGGUGAAUGGCAAAGGGGACGAGGUGAAAUGGAGCUUUGGAGAACUGGGAUCUUUGUCUCGAAAGGCUGCCAAUGUGCUCACCAAGCCCUGUGGCCUCAGAAGAGGAGACCGAGUGGCCGUGAUUCUGCCCCGAAUCCCAGAGUGGUGGCUCAUAAACGUGGCUUGUAUGCGAACAGGGCUCAUCUUCAUGCCGGGAACAACCCAGCUGACGGCAAAAGACAUCCUCUAUCGGCUACGAGCAUCCAAGGCCAAGUGCAUUGUGGCCAGUGAGGAGGUGGUGCCUGCAGUGGAGUCCAUUGUGUCAGAGUGUCCCGACUUGAAGACCAAACUCCUGCUGUCUCCACACAGCCAGAACGGAUGGCUCAGCUUCGAGGAGUUAUUUCAAUCCGCCUCUGCACAACACAGCUGUGUGGAGACAGGAAGUCAAGAACCAAUGGCCAUUUAUUUCACCAGUGGGACCACAGGCUCUCCCAAGAUGGCCCAGCACUCUCAGAGCAGCCUUGGAAUUGGGUACACUCUUUGUGGAAGGUAUUGGCUAGACCUGAAGUCCUCAGAUAUCAUAUGGAACAUGUCCGACACUGGCUGGAUCAAGGCCGCCAUUGGCAGUGUGUUUUCUUCCUGGCUUCAGGGAGCCUGUGUCUUUGUGCAUCGGAUGGCCCAGUUUGACACUGACACCUUUCUAGAUACGCUUACCACUUAUCCCAUCACGACCCUGUGCAGCGCUCCCACUGUGUACCGGAUGCUUGUGCAGAAAGACCUGAAGAGAUAUAAAUUCAGGAAGUUGCAGCACUGCUUGACGGGAGGGGAGCCGCUCAAUCCAGAGGUGUUGGAACAGUGGAAGGCACAAACUGGGCUGGAGCUAUAUGAGGGCUACGGACAGACAGAAGUGGGAAUAAUUUGUGCCAACCUGAAAGGACAAGAAAUUAAACCGGGCUCGAUGGGGAAAGGAGUAGUACCCUAUGAUGUUCAGAUUAUAGAUGAAAAUGGCAACAUCCUACCACCUGGCAAAGAAGGGGAAAUUGCCCUCAGACUAAACUCUACACGGCCCUUCUGUUUCUUCUCUGAAUAUGUGGACAAUCCAGAGAAAACUGCCGCCACGAUAAGGGGGAGUUUUUAUGUCACUGGAGACAGAGGAGUAAUGGACAGCGACGGGUAUUUCUGGUUUGUCGGCAGAGCCGAUGAUGUCAUCAUUUCCUCUGGGUCUGUAUAUUUGCCACUUGAAGAAAGUAACACUUUGCCAGGGGAGAUCUCCUACUUGGGGAGUGUAGUGACCAAAGGCUUCUUCUCUUCUAGGUACCGUAUCGGGCCAUUUGAAGUGGAGAGUGCACUGAUUGAGCACCCAGCAGUUGUUGAAUCAGCUGUUGUCAGCAGUCCAGAUCCAAUCAGAGGAGAGGUAGUGAAAGCUUUUGUUGUCUUAUCUGCACCCUUUAAAUCAUCUAACCCAGAGAAAUUAACUCUCGAACUUCAGAAUCACGUGAAAAAAUCAACUGCACCUUAUAAAUAUCCAAGAAAGGUGGAAUUUGUUCCAGAACUCCCAAAGACAAUCACUGGGAAAAUCAAACGCAACGUCUUAAGAGACCAUGAAUGGGGUCGAACAUAGCCUGAUAAAACUGUGGCAUUAUGUAGUUAUAGGGCUGCUUUCUUUUAGUCCUGGCUUCCUGAUAAUUCAGUGUCUACUCUCUUAAAGUGCUUAAGAUUUUUCCUGUUGAAACACUCAACUGAGUUUCUGUUUUGUACUUAGCCAAAAAAUAAAUAAAAAUCUAAAAAUACUUGGGAAUAAACUGUUAUGAUGACCAAACUGACAAAGGCAAUGACUGUAAUGCCUUCUAGCGUGUAAAACAGCAAGGGUCACAGUGGACAAUGAAUUUAUCUUGUCUGAUUAAUU